AGAUUUUCCGAUCUCGGUUCGCCGUCUUGAGUUGACAAUCGUCACCGGAACUCUCGCCUCUGACUAUUCCAGGUUUACAAAGGAUGAGUGGUUUUAGAGCUUUCAAAGCACAAGUCCCCAUUCAAUGGAGCGAGAGUUUGUACAUAACCUUAGUGAGAGGUCUCCCUGGUACCAGGAAGCUUCACAGGCGUACACUCGAAGCUAUGGGACUCCGUAGAUGUCAUCGCACUGUUUUGCACUCCAACACUUCUUCCAUUAGAGGAAUGAUUCAACAGGUUAAAAGGAUGGUUGUUGUUGAGACAGAGGAGAUGUUCAAAGCUCGCAAAGAAGCUGAAGCCAACCACAAAGCUCUCCGCCCUCCGCUUGUUGUCACUCAUUCAAUCCCUGCAACAGGUUCAUCAAACAUGUCUUGA